AUGAGCCAAGAAGAAGCCAACAAAAAGAGGAAAUUGGAUCAAACAAUAAAGGGUCCUUUUGAUCAAUUGAAAAUAGCAGAUGAUCAGGCCUUGAAAGACAUUCAGCAACGCUCAACCUGUCCAACCUGCAAGAAAACUGUCAAAUACUUUUGCUACAAAUGCCACAAAGUAGUUGGCAUGGAGAGAUCAACUUUACCAUCGGUCAAGCUUCCUGUUCAUUUAGACGUCAUCAAGCAUCACAAAGAGCUGGAUGGCAAAUCGACAGCCAUUCAUGCCAAGAUAAUCGCCCAAGACGAUGUAGAUAUUCAUACAUGGCCAGAAGUGCCUGAUUUCACUGACCCAGAGAGAACACUGCUGCUAUUCCCCGGUCCAAGUGCAAAACAGUUGACUGAUAUACCCCGAGAAUCAUUUGAUCGCAUUGUUGUGAUUGAUGGUACAUGGAUCCAAGCGAAGCAAAUUACCAACAAUACACCUAUUCUCAAGAAAAUGCAGAGAGUUACUAUCGCACCACGCAAAACUCAUUUCUGGCGCUUUCAAAAUGUAGAUGAUCAGCAUUUAGCGACAAUUGAGGCCAUCUAUUAUCUUUAUCGUGAAUUCGGAGAGACCUAUGAGGCACCUUAUGAUGGAAAAUAUGACAAUCUCAUGUUUUACUACAAGUUUUUCUACAACUUGAUCCAAAGCACAUAUCAAGCACAGAAGUCAGCUAAAUUCAGCCAUAGGCAUCAACAGAAGGAUUACAUCAAGUAUAGACAAGACGGCAAGAAAGAGAAAGACAAAGAGGAGAACAGCAAGCCCACAUCAUAG